GGGAUUUCGCGUGUAACUUUACGCUGGUGCCGGACAGCUGCCACCUCUGGACUCGGACUGAGCCGAACUGUCGUUCCUGUGAUGCCCCAGGGCGGGCUGAGCUGGUCAGGGUUGCGAUGCCUUAUGUGGACCGACAGAAUCGCAUCUGCGGCUUCCUGGACAUCGAGGAGAAUGAGAGCAGCGGCAGGUUCCUGCGCCGAUACUUCAUCCUGGACACUCAGCAGGGCAGCCUGCUGUGGUACAUGGACAACCCACAGAAUCUGCCUAAAGGUGCGGAGAAGGUGGGAUCUCUUAAACUCACCUACAUCUCCAAGGUCAGUGAUGCCACCAAACUCAGACCAAAGGCCGAGUUCUGCUUUGUUAUAAAUGCAGGAAUGAGGAAGUUUUAUCUGCAGGCCAAUGACCAGCAGGAUCUGGUGGAAUGGAUCAGCGUUCUCAACAACGCCACCAAGAUCACUGUGCCAAAGCCAGGCGAGGGCCACGCCGGCCACACAGAGACUCCCCAGGAAGUACUUGGGGCCAUGAAACAGGUCUCCUACAAGACUGAAAUCAUAGGAGGAGUCCCUAUCAUCACCGCUACACAGGAGCAGGGGGAGGGGCAUAACGAGGCGGAGCGUGGAGGCUUGAAGCGAGGUCAGAAUCAUCUGCCCUACUACCUGUCCAGAGGAGCCCAGGACCAGGCCAUCAUCAAGGCCGGAUACUGUGUCAAACAGGGGGCUCUGAUGAAGAAUUGGAAGAGGAGGUACUUCAUGCUGGAUGAAAACGCUGUCAGCUACUACAAAUCUGACCUGGAGAGGGAGGCGCUGAGAGUCAUCCCGCUGAAGGAGAUCCACAAAGUGCAGGAGUGCAAACAGAGUGAGCUGAUGAUGAGGGACAACCUGUUUGAAAUGGUCACCAGCUCCAGAACCUUCUACAUACAGGCUGACAGUCCAGAGGACAUGCACAGCUGGAUUAAGGCCAUCUCAGGGGCGAUCGUUGCUCAGCGCGGCCCCGGACGCUCCGCUAACUCUGAACGCAGCGAUCACUCCUCAUCCUCUCCGACAUCCUACUCCACCUUCUACUACCCCUGUGGCCCGGAACCACACCACCCACAAUCCUCCUCCGUUGGCGCCUCCGCGCGCCCUCAGCUUCACGCUGGACACCCACCACCAGGACAACUUCGUGGGCCUGCUCCCAUGGAGGCUAAGCGGUGUCCAGACCGUGAUGAUGCCCCUCCCGUCGGCGCGCUCCCGCCUGUCGCUGCAGGAGACGCUGCACUCUUCCAAAUAACGGAGGAGGAGGAGGACGAAUCCCUGUGGAAACGGCACAGCGAAAUGGCCAGGCGGGGGUUCGCCGGUAGCCGUGGCGGGGACCAGCUGAACAGUCACACCACUGAGAACACCGACCGGCAGAUCACUCUGAUUUGACGAUGAUGAUGAUGAUGAUCAACGAGAACACACACACACACACACACAAACACACACACACACACACACACACACACACACACACACACACACACACACACACACUUCUACACAGGCUCCAUGUAAUGAGACUGCUCUGUGUGCUUCGGAAACUACCUGACUGGCUAAAAUGAGCCGUCUACAAAACUUCCUGAGGGCCGUUUUAGUUUGUACGUGUGUGCACAUGUGAAAAAGGACCUUCUUCCGCUGCUGUUUUUUCAGUAACACUUUCCUUGAAGGUAUCUACAUAAGAGUGACGUGACACUGUCAUCAGCACACGAACCCUAACGUUAACCCUAACCUCAGCCGACCUGUCGAGCGCCAAUGUGAAGUCA